ACCACCACUCCCUGAUACAGACCCCGCCUGCUGCUGCACAACAACCUGGAUACACUCAGCAUGUCUUGUUCAAACAAGCCAGCUCUGCAUUAACUCAGAUAGAGCAGAGUAUAGUGAAGGGCAGAGAGCUGGUGACUUUAAUUCAUGUGUUAAAAAAAACAUCUUCUGCAGCUUCUUUCUCUCUUGAAGUCUGAGGAUCUGAGGAGCAGGUGGGUCGCGUUGUGAGCCAGUGUCGCCUUACAUCCUGCAGGUAACCUGUGAGUCCUGGAGACGCGGCGGUAACCUGUGGGGCAGCAACAUUGAAUGGACACAAUAUGGGGUCAGAUGAGGCCUACAACUUAGUCUUUAAAGUGGUUCUAAUUGGAGAAUCAGGUGUAGGAAAAAGCAAUCUGCUGGCCCGCUUCACCAAAAAUGAGUUCAACCAUGAUAGUCGCACAACCAUCGGGGUGGAGUUCAGCUCCCGGACCGUGCAGCUCGGAGGCUUCACCAUCAAGGCCCAGAUCUGGGACACGGCCGGGCUGGAGAGAUACAGAGCCAUCACAUCUGCGUAUUACAGAGGAGCAGUUGGAGCCCUGCUGGUUUUUGACAUCACCAAACACCUGACCUACGAGAGUGCAGAGCGCUGGCUGAAGGAGCUGUACGAACACGCGGACCCUAACAUUGUGGUGAUGCUGGUGGGCAACAAGUCUGACCUGGAGUCAGAGAGGUCUGUGCCCACCGAGGAGGCUCGAGACUUUGCAGAAAAGAAUGGUCUUUUGUACCUGGAGACCUCAGCUUUGGAGUCAACUAAUGUGGAGGCAGCAUUCAACAAUGUCCUAACAGAGAUUCACAGGAAGGGUGGUGGUAAGAAAAUGGGCCGGGGCUCUAUCAGUGCUUUGUCUUUUAACAACACCGGAGCAGAAAACACAGAAGAGAGUAAGCCCUGCUGCAGGAACGUCUGAUCACAAGGACCUUCAGGACACCGGGGGCCUCAGGGGUGGCUGAACUCCUCCUUCACCCACAAUGCUUUGCUGGAGUUGGAGGAGUUGGGAGUGACAUGGCAAAAAUGGGUGCAAUAUUAACAGUCCUGGGCUGGCUUAAGUGAUGCCACUUUGAAAAGACUGAUUCACAGGUUGUACAAACUGCAUGCUGGUGAUGUAUUCAAGGAAAGAUUAAUAUAUUUGAGCCAAUGUAUCUGGAAGCAAACAUCAAUGCUGUUGAAUAUAGGUCAAAAAUAAAAAUUCACUGUGUCACUUGUGAAAUGAAAUAUUUAUAAUGCAUGCCGAGAAUAAGAGUUUCAAAUGUACAUGAUACAUGACUGUUAAUGUUUUACUUUAUAAUCAGAUUGGGGCAUAAAUUGUAUGUACACACUACAAGUCUUGUUGUGCUUGAGCUGAGGAUGUAUGAGGAGUUUAAUUUCUGAUGAGAAAUAAACAAUUUAUGGAUACA